AUGUUUGUUUCAUCAUUGAAUGGCUUAUUAGAGAGACUGGAUGUAAGAGAAGAUAUCUAUUAUAUUGGUCAUACCAGUCGUUUUGUAGCUCAUGAAUUAGAUAUUUAUUCCCCUGCAAGAAAUAGACGGAAAGUAGCUAAAGAAAGAGCAUCAAUAGUAUUUAUUGAUAGAACAUUAGAUUUAUCAUCAUGUUCAACUAGUCAAUAUGAUUGUUUAUUAGAUGAGAUAAUGAACAUACUACCACGUGUUCCUGGUCAUCAUAAUGAUGUUAUGGUAGAUAUGUCCAGUUUGUGCUCUGUUCAUGGAUUAUUUAUGACAGUUUAUAAACCACGACCUAGUGACCAUCCAUUGUUAAUAUUGUAUAUUAUUGGUGGAAUAACUCCUACAGAAGUUAAACAUAUACAAGAUAUUGUCAACAAAACUAAACCAGAUAUACAGGUACUAAUAGGCAGUACGAGAUUAUGUACUAAAGAAGAUAUUACGUUAUCUUCAUUUUCUUCAGAUAAUUUAUCUUUUAAUAAAUCUUAG